ACAACAUUAGAGCUGCAUAAAUGACCAAAGAGCGGGUCCCAUUAACUAAAUAUGGUAUGUUAAGCAAUUCUAAUUAGAGAAAGCCGACGGUCUGGGGAGUAUUAGUCAGGAAGAAAUCAUCGAGGCUUUUAAAAGUGAAAACCCUAAAAGUGGUCACGAGCUGGCGAGUUUAGUAAGGUGCGGGAAGUUAAAAGCUUGGCCGCCCCGCGAUGCCCAAGCCCACCAACAUGAAUCGCCGAAGCGACGGGCAAGAGGGAGACAAAAAGGAGGAGUCACAGUACACGCGUCAAUUGAACAUUGAGUCACUGAAACGCUGUUUUUUUUGGCUUAUCGGCGGCGAAAUGGGGAGAGGGAAGGUGCAGCUGAAGCGAAUCGAGGAUAAAAGCUCUAGGCAGGUGACAUUCUCCAAGAGAAAGGGCGGUUUAAUGAAGAAAGCUAGGGAAUUAUCGGUGCUCUGCGACGUUGAAAUUGCAAUGAUCAUCUUCUCCGGCGGAGGAAAGCUGUAUGAGUUUUCGAGCGGCGACAGUUUGAACAAAAUCCUCGAGCGCUAUCAGGUUCAUAAAAAUGAGCAAGCUGCAGUCAACAACAUUGAUGAAUCCAAGAAGAAUCAAGCAGAAGUUAAAGCUGUCUCUACAAAUGCUAAUCUUCUGCAAACUCUCCAAAGGUAUCUUCUAGAGAGUAACAUAGAGCAGCUGAAUCUUACCCAGUUCCUGCAACUAGAGGAACAACUAGACUCCAUAUUAAGACAGAUCAGACUGAGAAAGGAACUGAAAACAGGGAGAGGGAUUAACAGUGGUAGAAUGCAAGAUGGCUUGUAUUUGCUGGAUGACAGUGUUGGUUUUUCAAAUCCUAAAGCUUUGCUAGGAAAUUCAAUAAGAGCUGAUCAGGAGAUUAUUUAGUGGCAUAGAAGAUUAGGACCUCCUUCCUUUUCAUCCUUAGAAAGGUUAUAUCCCAUUUUGUUUAGACAAUGCAAAACCAAAUUAUUAGCUUGUGAUGCUUGUGAACUUGCCAAACACACAAGUCCUUCAAUAAAUAAUAAAACUUUGAUUUCUUUUAUGACUAUUCAUUCUGAUGUAUGAGGUCCUACUCAAAUGGUUUCUUUUUCUGGGUAUAAUUGGUUUAUUACUUUCAUUGAUUGUUGCACUAGAUUGAUUUGAGUUUAUUUGUUGAGAACUAAGAAUGAAGUCUUUUCAUGUUUUCAACAAUUUAACAAAAUGAUUUGCACUCAGUUUAAUGCAUAGGUCAAAAUUUUAAGAACUGAUAAUGGGACAGAGUAUAUGAACAAAGUUUUUCAAUCUUAUUUAGAUUAGCAUGGGAUCCUACAUCAAACUAGUUGUGUGAAUACUAGUGCACAAAAUGGAGUGGCUGAAAGAAAAAA